AUGCAUAUGAACCUAUCUCCCUCCGGAAAAGACUCAAGGGCAACUUCACCUCCCUACGUCGAAUUUCACGAUCCUUUCUCCGCCGCAUCUCUGGCAUAUCAACCUCAAAGUAAGUCCACUGAUAAGUCAUUCUAUCGCCGUGAAGCCAUGCCAACCCCUUCCGCAGAACCUCUUUGUCUUAACAUGGACACUGAAACCAGUCCUGGUAGACCUGAGCCUCCGGCCUUAGCUGUUCCCAUGACACCAUCAUCUCCAAGCUGGCCUGUCCACCCAGAACCUUGUCAAAUUCAGGGUCAAACCUUUAUGCGCACAGGCACGGAAGAGGUUCCCGAGCCUACCUCGGACCUUUGUCCGGACCUCCUUGACUCCUGGUACCCGAGAUACCUGGCGUGCACGCAGUUCUUUGUUUCCUAUGCGCAGCACACCCCGACAGUGCAGUCGCUGGCCGCAUUUCUCAACAUUCGACUUCCUUGCCAGCAGUCAGGGGCCCAAACAACCCAUCCGUCAUUACGCGCUUACAUUCGGCGCCUCAUUGUAACAGCACAGGAUAGUCCUGCUGUACUGAGCGCGUUCUUCGGAGAAGACUGGGUCGGGGGAGUGGGGAGCAUGAUCAAGCAAGAGCGGGUGAACUACUUGUUUACGGCAAAGAGCGGCGGGUGGGCGUCGACAAAGGCGGCGUAUGACAUUCUGCCGGACGAACAAACGCCAUUUUUGCGGCCAUUGCGAGCAGCAACAGAGGAAGAAUUACGCGAGGCGGAAGCGCGCUGGAGAACCCGGGGGUUAAGGAUAGAUGAUGCUGUCAGGGUAGAAUUUUUUCAGACUAGACUAGAUAGACUAGACUGCAUCAAUAAAUUAACUCUUAUUUUAGGAGAUUUAAUUUUAAGCUAUAUCAUAUUUUCCCCCCGAUUGGUUACUUCUCCCUAUUUACGGGUCUAUAUCCACUUCCAGUCGAUCAAACAGCCAGCCACCUGCCUGGCACACAUGCCAGCUGCACUCCCCCCUCCCUCCACACCACUUACAAGGAUGUCAACUGCAACCCGGAAUUGUGCCCAGGACGAGGCGGAUCCCAUCAUCCAUCAGGCCUGUCGCAUCGACGAAACAUCACCACAUUCUGAAUGGACCCAGACCCAGCUGCUUCCAUUGCUCCGGUCCCAUCUCCCUCACUCGCUGCCCCUGCUCCGCCGUAUCCAGCAUGAGAUCGCCCAUCCGUCCCCCACUGCAGUUAUCCUAACCACAUUCCCGGGUCCAGCUCCUGCUCCUCCCGCCUCGUCCUCAGCCUCGCCGCCAGUCUCACCCUCAGCCUCAGGGGAAGGCCGACUUCCUGUUCCAGAACUAGUCUCUAAUCCUGGUCUAGUCCCAGUUCCAGGUCCCCGGGUCCCCGACACUUCU